AAACGUUCCGACGCAAACGUUCCGACGCGGGAAUAUACAAACGCUCAUUCUGCUGCUAGGCGUCCGAUUUUUUUUUAUAUCAGUUUUAUACCAGUAACCUUGCUAUAGUAACCUUAACUGACCGCUGACCGGUUUAGUCUGUCUUUUUAGCAGAAAGCGGGGUAGAUGGUAACGCACUAUGGGCGUAAAUUAGCGCGUAAUGUUGUUUCAGACAUCCUGUUACAGUUUAGCGAUCUCCGCUCACAUUAUACACAUCCAGCGGCGUUUAAAAGAGAACAUUGACGGCUUUUGAGACUUAGCGAUCAGGAAACACACAUGGAUUAUUGCAGUGGGAGGCAAGAGGAGAGAAAACCUCAUACAACAAGCACAUGUUUUGGGCAGUAUGCAUAUACCGCAGAGGAGUAUCAGGCAGUCCAGAAUGCUCUACGACAGAAACUCGGACCUGAAUAUAUCAGCACCAGACAGGCUGGAGGAGGACAAAAGGUGUGCUAUAUUGAAGGUCACAGAGUCAUAAGUCUGGCCAAUGAAAUGUUUGGUUAUAAUGGAUGGUCGCACUCCAUAUCUCAGCAAAAUGUUGACUUUGUGGACCUUAUCAAUGGAAAGUUUUAUGUUGGAGUCAGUGCCUUUGUGAAGGUCCAGUUAAAGGAUGGCUCAUAUCACGAGGAUGUAGGAUAUGGGGUGAGCGAAGGCCUCAAAUCCAAAGCUCUGUCACUGGAAAAAGCAAGAAAAGAAGCCGUCACAGAUGGACUGAAAAGAGCACUCAAGUGUUUUGGAAAUGCACUUGGAAAUUGUAUUUUGAAUAAGGAGUACCUCAUAGCGAUCAAUAAAAUACCAAAGCAGCCACCUCCUCCGUUAGACCUAGACAAAACCAAACGCAGUGAUGGCGAGCCGUCUGUUGAGAAGGCCAGGUUUGACAGCCUGGCCCGAGCCAACAGCAGGGAAUUUAUCAAACAAAAAGAACCAGCCAACAUCCCUUUAGAGCGGAUAGGAAGUCACCCUGUACAAGGAGGGCAUGAGAGCGGCACUGGUUCCAGGACUUCAUUGACAAACACGGCAGCACAUUCUGGCAACACGUCAGCUCACCAGGACUCUGAAAACAGGCCCAGCAACACCUCAAGGUCAGCAGCUGACAUGGCUGACCUGUCCUCGUCUGAUCCUCCGCUGGACUCCAAGCAGCAGAGGAAGCUGAGACAGCAGCAGCUGCAGCAAAAGUUCAGACAGGAAAUGGAGGCUAAGAAGCUGCUACAGGAGCAGAAACCCCAGCAGUCUAACGCUUCCACUGAGCCAAAGCUGCAGUCUAAGCAAGGACAGGCUGUAGGUCCUGUUAACCACAGUACACCAAAUGGACACCUGGUGACCGCUAAGCAGGAGGAGUAUCUGGCUGAUGACCCGGAAUUGUGGGACUUCACUCUGGACGGCAUCGAUAUGCUCGACGAUCCUGCAGCAGGCUCCGCAGAACCUCCCCGUCCCACGACACCGAGCCAGCACAAGAUGAUGACGCGCAGCAAGACCCCACAGAGAGUCCAGUACUUGAGACCGCCAGCUCAACCCCAGGGGCAUGCUGUUCCUCAAGGCCAGGGAGGAUAUGGCCAGUACAGAUCCUCUGACAUGAGAACUACAGGUGGACCACAGAGCCCAUACAGACACGGCCAGAUGAUGAAGAAACGAAGACUGGACACGUAAAGAAUUUAACUAUUUAUUGUUUUCUUUUAGAAAAUAUUUUAUAUAGAUUUGUUUUUUUAAUACUAAUUUGUAAAUAUGGAAAGCUAAUACGUUUGUGUUGGUCUCCUAAUUUGUAAUAUAAAAUCAAAGCAUAAGCAGGACUAUUUUUAAUAUUAUUUCUGAUUUUUGGAGAAUA